GGGGGCAGGGGUUGCGGAACCCCAUCAGACUUAGGAGUGGACUGUAGAGCCCAGAGGGAGGAGGGGGAGGCAGCGAGUUGGAGCGCGGGCCAGGAGCUGGAGAGCCCUAUGACGUUCCCGCGAAGUUGAUUUCACACUCGGGAGAAGGUCCUCGGGGUAUGCCCUCUCAGGUUCUGGGGAGACCGAGCUGCAUCUUUAUCGGGAAACUUCGCCCCCUGUCGGGAAGCUGCAGACCCGAAGUCGGCCCGAGUUGGUCUCUCCUUUCCCGUCGGGGCCCGGACCGCUCCCUCCCCAGCGUCUCUCUCUCUUUCCAGAGAUGGAGGAAGACCUGGGCGGUACUCUAUCCUGCCAGUCCCCACGGCGUAGCGCGGCUCGAGUUCUUCGACCACAAGGGGUCGAGCUCUGGAGGCGGCCGAGGGGGCUCGCGCCGCCUGGACUGCAAGGUGAUUCGUCUGGCGGAGUGUGUGAGCGUGGUCCCGGUGUCAGUGGAGAGCCCCCCUGAGCCUGGCGCCGCAGCCUUCCGCCUGGACACCGCGCAGCGCUCCCACCUGUUGGCGGCGGACGCGCCGUCCAGCGCUGCGUGGGUGCAAACACUGUGCAGAAAUGCCUUUCCGAAAGGCAGCUGGGCUCUGGCGCCUGCGGAGAACCCACCCAAGCUUUCUGCCCUGGAGAUGCUGGAGAACUCGCUGUAUAGCCCCACCUGGGAAGGAUCCCAGUUCUGGGUGACAGUGCAGAGGACCGAAGCCGCUGAGCGUUGUGGCCUGCAGGGCUCCUAUGUGCUGAGGGUGGAGGCCGAGAGGCUGACUCUCCUGACCAUGGGGACUCAGAGUCAGAUACUGGAGCCGCUCCUGUUCUGGCCUUACACUCUACUGCGGCGCUAUGGCCGGGACAAGGUCAUGUUCUCUUUUGAGGCUGGUCGCCGCUGCCCUUCGGGCCCUGGAACCUUCACCUUCCAGACCGCACAGGGGAAUGACAUCUUUCAGGCUGUUGAGACUGCUAUUCACCGGCAGAAGGUCCAGGGAAAGGACGGGCAAGGGCAGGAUAGUCUCAAAGCUGAUUCCCAUGAAGGAGAAGUGGCAGAGGGGAAGUUGGCAUCCCUGCCUGGCCCUCAGGAGCUCCUGGGCAGCCCUCCCACCGUGUAUGCUGAACCCUUAGACUCCUUGCGCAUUCCUCCAGGCCCUUCCCUGGAUUCCCUAUACUCAGAUCCCCUGGACAGCACUCCUGCUCAGGCAGGGGAGGGAGUACCGUUCAAGAAAUCUCUUUAUUGCGACUUGUACGAGCACGUGCAGCAGCAGUUGCUGAAGGCCAAACUGAUGGACCCCAAAGAGGACCCCAUCUAUGAUGAACCCGAGGGCCUGGCCCCGGCUGCACCCCGGGGCCUUUAUGAUCUGCCUCAGGAGCCCAAGGAUGCAUGGUGGUGCCAGGCUCGGAUGAAGGAGGAGGGCUAUGAGCUCCCCUACAACCCUGCCACUGAUGACUACGCUGUGCCACCGCCCCGGAGCACAAAGCCCCUCCCCGCUCCCAAGCCCCGGGGCUUGGCCUUCGCUGAACCUGGAGCUGCAGGUGGUGGUGGCAGCAAAGGCCACAGCUCAGACACUGUCCUGUACAGCCAGGUCCAGAAGAGCAGAGCCUCAGGGAGCUGGGACUGUGAGCUGUCUAGAACAGGGGCUGACAGGACGGGGGUCAAGUCAGAGGGCUCCACAUGACAGGUGGGGUAAGGCUGGGGUUGCUGAUAGGACCCACCAUAGGAAGGUGGCACUGGGGAUCAAAGAAACCUAUUAGAAUCUGCAGGGACCAGAAGGCUGGAGGGUCCUGUGUAAGCCAGCCAGGGGACUGGAGGGAUCAGGGGAGUCAAGGGGAGGAUGAUCAAUCUCAAGAAGUCCUGGAAGUGGGACAGUUGGCAGGGGUGAGGGAUGGGACCUGGGAGAGACCAGCACCCCCAAGUUAUCCUCCCCAAAGGAAUGGACAGCUGCUGGACUAGGUCUGUGAAAAGGGGUGCUUGGUCUGAGUUGGUGCAGUUAGAGGGGCCUGCAUGGAGGCUCUAGGGUGAUGCUGGACUGGGCCCGGAUCCUCACCCCUGCAUUGUUCUUUGCCAGAGACCUAGAUUUUAAGAAGUUUAUUCUCAUUAAAGUCAGCUUGGGUUUAA